AUGGAGCGCCAUCGCUCCCUCAUACAAACCAUUUCCAAGACCGUAAAACAGUUCUACGCCUCCAAGGAACCCUACCGCAUCUUCCACGGCAGCACGAACUCGACCAGGCCGACCCAGGCUCACGCACGAUCCAAGGUCGUUGACAUCUCGGCUCUCCGCAAUGUGCUCUCUGUAGACACCAAUGCCCGCACAGCUCUUGUCGAGCCUAACGUCCCUAUGGAUGCCCUCGUCUCCCACACACUCAAAUACGGCCUCGUACCUCCAGUGGUAAUGGAGUUCCCCGGCAUCACGGCUGGCGGCGGCUUUGCAGGCACAGCAGGCGAGUCCUCAUCCUUCCGGCAUGGCUUCUUCGACGACACGGUACGCAGCGUAGAGAUUGUCCUGCCCGACGGCGAGGUCGUCACCGCCCGGCCGGACAAGGACGACAGGUACGCCGACCUGUUCCGCGGCGCAGCCGGCGCGGUGGGCACGCUGGGUGUGACGACGCUGCUGGAGCUGAAUCUGAUCAAAGCUACCAAGUUUGUGCGCACGCGUUAUCACCGGACGAGCAGCGUGGCCGAGGCCGUGAGGUUGGUCAGGGAGGAGACGGCCAACGCCCAGAAUGACUAUGUCGACGGCAUCCUGUUCAGUAAGGACCAUGGCGUGGUCAUCACGGGCCAGAUGACGGACGAGAAACCCGCCAGCGCCCCCAUCCAGACCUUCUCCCGUGCACGUGACCCUUGGUUCUACCUGCAUGUUGAGUCGCGUACCCGCUCGUCGUCGCCAUCGUCGCAGGCCGCUGCUGUCGAGGAGGAUUACGUGCCGCUGGCCGAGUACCUCUUCCGCUACGACCGCGCGGGCUUCUGGGUCGCGCGCUCGGCCUGGCGGUAUUUUCGCGUCGUACCCUUCAACCGCCUCACCCGCUGGUUCCUCGACGACUUCAUUCACACACGCAUGCUCUACCGCGCCCUCCACGGCAGCGGCGAGAGCGCCCGCUUCAUCGUCCAGGACGUCGCCAUGCCCUUUUCCACCGCCGAGAAGCUGGUAGACUACACCGCCUCGGAGCUGGACAUCUGGCCGCUCUGGUUGUGCCCGCUGAAAAGGAGGGCACCGCCGACCUUCCACCCAUACACCACGAGCGGCGGGAGGGAGGAGGAUGAGGACAAUAUGAUGCUGAACGUCGGCGUCUGGGGGUGGGGCCCCGCCAGCCAUGAUGCCUUCGUCGCCGCCAACCGCGCCCUCGAGGCCAAGGUCAAGGAGCUGGGCGGCAUGAAGUGGCUGUACGCCCACACGUACUACGACGAGCCCGAGUUCUGGGACAUGUACGGCGGGCGGGCCUGGUACGACAAUCUGCGCAGGGCGUACAAGGCUGACGAGGCGGGUCUCCCGAGCGUGUACGACAAGGUCCAGGUCGACCUGGAUAAGAUCAAGGCCCAGCGGAGCGGGCUGAAGGGUGUCAGACCCUUCGGUGGCAUCUAUGGCAUCUCGAAGAGCAUCCAGAGCAAGGAUUACCUGCUGCAUCGAAACGCCGAGUGGAAGUGGCGGGGAGAGAACGAGUAA